AUGGCUGGCGAACUAUCAGAGAAGACCGAGACACCGGACUCGAGGAGUCGUCCAUCAAGCAAUGGAGGAUCAUCUCUAUCUGAACGAGAUUCUUCGCAAAAACAAAAGAUCGAAGGGGGGGCAACGAAGGUAUCUGUAGGGAAUAAGGAUUUGUCGAAAUUAGACUCGAAUAUUGUAAAGGUGGCAAACAGUAAAGAUGAGGAUAUUUACGCACAUCUACCUCCGCAUGAGGCCGAAAUAUUAAAACGACAAGUGGAAUUGCCAGAAUUGUCGUCAGGAGUUGGAAACCUGUAUCGUUUUUCCACCACAAACGAUAUCCUCAUUAUGGUAGUCAGUGCCAUCUGCAGCAUUGCGGCGGGAGCUGCAUUACCUUUGAUGACGGUUAUUUUUGGUCAAUUGGCUGGAACCUUUGCAGAUUACUUCGCAGGAUCGACUUCAAAAGCGGAUUUUGAUCAUACCAUUAAUCAUAUGGUUCUCUACUUCAUCUAUCUUGCGAUCGCCGAAUUCAUUACCAUAUACAUCUCUACAGUUGGAUUCAUCUAUGUCGGAGAACACAUCAGUGGAAAGAUUAGAGCGCAAUACUUGGCUGCGUGCUUGCGCAUGAAUAUUGGUUUCUACGAUAAGCUAGGAUCAGGUGAAAUCACUACUAGAAUCACAGCUGAUACCAAUUUGGUUCAAGAUGGUAUUUCCGAAAAGGUAGGCUUGACAAUCAAUGCACUAGCUACUUUCUUCACGGCUUUUGUAAUUGGUUUCAUCAAGUCCUGGAAAUUGACUCUGAUUCUCACUUCUACCGUUGCGGCCAUUACCGUCAUCAUGGGAGGAGGUUCCAGAUGGAUUGUCAAGUACAGCAAACAGUCCCUUGGAUCUUAUGCUAUUGGAGGAUCGAUCGCAGAGGAAGUCAUCUCAUCAAUCAGGAAUGCCACUGCUUUUGGUACUCAAGACAAACUUGCCCGUCAAUAUGACAAACAUCUUGCUGAUGCAGAGAAAUAUGGUUUCAGAACCAAAUUCACAUUAGCUAUCAUGGUAGGAGGCAUGUUUUUGAUCAUCUAUCUUAAUUAUGGUCUAGCAUUCUGGAUGGGUUCCAGAUUCCUUGUCGACGGAUCGAUCUCUCUCUCUCAUAUUCUCACAAUCCUGAUGUCUAUCAUGAUCGGAGCUUUUGCAUUCGGAAAUGUUGCACCCAACGCCCAGGCCUUUACCACUGCUAUUUCCGCCGCCGCGAAGAUUUUCAACACAAUUGAUCGUGUUUCACCCUUGGAUCCAACCUCUACUGAGGGUAUCAAGCUCGAUCACGUCGAGGGAACAGUCGAACUCAGAAAUAUCAAGCACAUCUAUCCAUCCAGACCGGAAGUUACAAUCAUGAACGAUGUCAGUUUAAUUAUCCCAGCCGGCAAAAUGACGGCUCUCGUUGGUGCAUCUGGAUCUGGAAAAAGUACCAUAGUUGGGUUGGUGGAAAGAUUUUACGAUCCAGUUGGCGGCCAGGUUUUCCUUGAUGGGCACGAUAUUGGUACAUUGAAUUUGCGAUGGCUGCGACAACAAAUCUCCUUGGUCAGCCAAGAGCCUACAUUGUUUGGAACUACUAUAUUUGAAAAUAUUCGACAUGGACUCAUUGGAACCAAGUUCGAGAACGAAAAAGAAGAACGCCAGAGAGAAUUGGUUAUCGAAGCUUCAAAGAUGGCCAAUGCACAUGACUUUGUAUCUGCUUUGCCUGAAGGCUACGAAACCAACGUUGGUGAAAGAGCCAGUUUACUUUCCGGUGGUCAAAAGCAACGUAUCGCAAUUGCAAGAGCUGUGGUCAGCGAUCCAAAGAUCCUUCUACUCGAUGAAGCUACUUCUGCUCUUGACACAAAAUCCGAGGGUGUCGUACAAGCCGCUCUUGAGGUUGCUGCUGAAGGACGAACUACCAUUACCAUUGCUCAUCGACUUUCCACCAUCAAGGAUGCGGACAACAUUGUUGUCAUGACUGAAGGUCGCAUCGUGGAACAAGGAACUCACAAUGAUUUGCUUGCUCAACAAGGUGCUUACUAUAGAUUGAUUGAAGCACAAAAGAUUGCUGAAAUCAAGGAAAUGACCGCCGCUGAAGAGACAGAGGUUGACGCCAAGGACGAUGAACUUGUACGAAAAAUGUCUAACAAGGUUGGAGGAAUCGAAUAUAAUGAGGAUCCGGAUGAUAAGAAUAUUGCCAACAAAUUAAAUCGCACAGCAACAGAAAAAUCGCAGUCGUCGCUCGUACUUCAGAACAAGACAUCCUCAUCUGAACAGCAUGAUUCAUUAUGGACAUUGAUCAAGUUGAUUGCUUCAUUCAACACUACCGAAUGGAAACUCAUGUUGGUGGGGCUGUUCUUUUCCAUCAUUUGUGGUGGAGGUAAUCCAACUCAAGCCGUGUUCUUCGCUAAGGAAAUUAUCUCGCUCUCCCUUCCUGCCGUUCCUGCCAAUUACCAUACGAUUAGAACCGAUGUCGAUUUCUGGUCUUUGAUGUACCUUAUGUUGGCAAUCGUUCAAUUUCUUGCAUUCUGUGCUCAAGGUGUUGCCUUUGCGUUCUGUUCAGAAAGGCUCAUCCAUCGGGUUCGUGACCGUGCUUUCCGUACGAUGCUUCGUCAGGACAUUCAAUACUUUGACAUGGAGGAUCACACUGCUGGUGCUCUCACAUCCUUCUUGAGCACCGAAACUACUCACGUUGCCGGUUUAUCUGGGGUCACUCUGGGUACGCUUUUGACAGUCAUCACUACGCUCAUCGCAGCAUGUGCUCUCUCUCUUGCUAUUGCUUGGAAGUUGGCUCUCGUCUGCAUCGCCACUAUUCCAGUCUUACUUGGCUGUGGUUUCUUCCGAUUCUGGCUUCUUGCAAGAUUUCAACAAAGAGCGAAGAAGGCUUAUGAAAAGAGUGCCAGUUAUGCCUGCGAAGCUACAGGUGCUAUCCGAACAGUUGCAUCCUUGACUAGAGAAGAGGAUGUCCUCGCCAAGUAUAUAAUAUCCCUCAAGGCCCAAGAAGAAAGGAGUUUGAAAUCGAUCCUGAAGUCUUCCUUGCUUUAUGCCGCAUCUCAAUCUUUGAUGUUCCUCUGUGUCGCACUUGGAUUCUGGUAUGGUGGUCAGCGUAUUGCCAGCAAGGAAUAUACCAUGUUCCAAUUCUUCGUUUGCUUCUCGGCUGUCAUUUUCGGUGCUCAAUCUGCCGGAACUAUCUUUUCCUUCGCACCGGACAUGGGUAAAGCCAAACAAGCCGCCCAGGAACUCAAGAUUCUCUUUGAUCGCAAACCCGCCAUCGACUCUUGGUCUGAGGAUGGAGAACGUAUGGAGUCGAUGGAAGGAUAUGUCGAAUUCCGUGAUGUUCAUUUCCGCUACCCCACUCGUCCAGAACAGCCAGUCCUCCGUGGUCUCAACCUCCAAGUCAAGCCUGGUCAAUAUAUUGCUCUAGUUGGUGCAUCCGGUUGUGGUAAAUCUACUACCAUUGCUCUUCUCGAACGUUUCUACGACCCCCUCGUUGGUGGUAUCUACGUCGAUGGUAAAGAGAUCUCUUCUUUGAACAUCAGCGAUUACCGCUCACAUAUCGCCCUCGUAUCCCAAGAACCAACCCUCUACCAAGGUACCAUCCGUGAGAACAUGCUCCUCGGAGCCGAUCGAGAGGAUGUACCUGAUUCCGAAAUCGAAUUCGCAUGUCGCGAAGCUAACAUCUACGAUUUCAUUAUGUCGCUCCCCGAGGGAUUUUCUACAAUCGUCGGUUCAAAGGGAAGCAUGUUGUCUGGUGGUCAGAAACAAAGAAUUGCCAUCGCUCGUGCCCUCCUCCGCGAUCCUAAAAUUCUUUUGUUGGAUGAGGCAACUAGUGCAUUAGAUUCCGAGAGUGAACACGUAGUUCAAGCAGCUCUGGAUAAAGCAGCAAAGGGAAGAACGACAAUUGCAGUAGCGCAUAGAUUGAGUACAAUCCAAAAGGCGGAUUGUAUAUAUGUGUUCGAUCAAGGUAGAAUCGUGGAGAGUGGCACCCACUCGGAGCUUAUACAUAAGGGAGGUAGAUAUUCUGAGUUGGUCAACUUGCAGAGUUUGGGUAGGAAGUAA